CGUGCAUUGGUUCACAGCAUCAACCUGAGCUGAUCGAGCUGCCCAACCCAAACCCAAAAUCACAAUGUCGCAACUCAAACCAGUCAUCUUCUUCGUCCUCCUCGCGCUGUGCGCGUGCACGGCGGCGAGCGCGCCGUUGCUCAUAAAAAUCAACAAGGGCGCGGCGUCUACAGCCCUGUACACGGCACCCCUCAGGGCCGGCCGCCCGCUCGUCCUCGACCUCUCCGCGCCGGCCAUCACGACUCCGUGCAGCAGCGGGACCACCACGACCGUGACGCUCUCCGCCAACACCACCAACGGUGCCAAUCCGCUGUCCCCGGUCUCCUUCGCCGCCACCGCCACCUGCGCAGCGGCCCCGUCCGGUGCCGCUGGCGUCGCGGGGCUUGGGCGCUCCAGCGCCUCGUUCCCGGCGCAGGUCGCCAGCACGCAGAAGGUGGCCAACUCCUUCGCGCUCUGCCUCCCGAGCGACGGCAGGACCGGGUUCAGCGGCAACGGCGUGGGCGCGGCCAUCUUCGGCGGCGGCCCGUUCUACCUCGCCCCGCCCGCCGACCGCGAGGCCAUCACCACGCUCCUCUCCGACCCGGUCCCGCUCCGCCAGCCCUUCGCUGGGAACCCCGGCUACUUCGUCACGGCCACCGGCGGCGUCGCCAUCGACGGCUCCGUCGCCGCCGCCGGCCCGCUCGUCGUCGGCCUCUCCACGACCGUCACCUACACGCAGCUCCGCGCCGACGUGUACAGCCGCGUCAUCGCGGCCUUCGACCGCGCGCUGGGCCAGACCGCCAAGGUCGCCGCCGUGGCACCGUUCGAGCUCUGCUACGACGCGUCCAAGCUCGGCUCGUCACUGUCGGGCUACUCCGUGCCGCAGGUGGACGUGCUGCUCGAGGGCGGGACCAACUUCACGGUCGGCGGCGGCAACUCCAUGGCGCAGGUGAACUCCAAGACGGCGUGCUUCGCGUUUCUGAAAUCGUCCGGCAGCACCACGGGGCCGCCGGUGCUCAUCGGAGGGUUCCAGCUCGAGAACAGGCUCGUGGCGGUCGACAACGCCAAGCAGCAGCUCAGCUUCACCGGCUACCUCCCCGCCAGAGGCUUCUCAUGCAGCAACUUCAACUUCACCAGGGCUGGCUAGCUAGCUAGUCUACACUCGUACAGUCAUCCACGUCCUUUACAUGAUUAAACAUGGUGCUUGCAUAUGGUGUGUUAAAAUAAAGGAAAUAAAUUAAAUUUGAUAUGGACUAUUAACUCA